UGUUCGAGAACCAAGUGUAAACAACUCUCAGUUCUUUAGGGCAUACGAGCCUGUUAGUACUUUAGUCGGCCCGUUUCCCGCUCAAUCACUCAGACAAUCUCACUACGACACUAUCUCAGUCUCGUCUCACUCCCGGUGUUCAAUCGCGUUCAGGCUUGAGCCUAAAAAAUAGCGUUCUGAUGACAAUGAAUUCAGUGGCAGCGAGACUUGCAAAGCAUCUAAGAGCGGCUGCUUCGACGUCUUCUUUUCAUGCAGUGGCUAUGAAAAGAAGUGGGAGGUUAUGUUACUCAACAACAUCUAAAAGUGAUGAUGAUGAACGUUUAGAUGAUAAUGAGAAUCCAAAGAACAAUGCUAUUGAUGAAGAAGUUGAUAAUUUUCUUGGCAAUCAGCCUGCUUGGCAGCUACAGGGUGUGGAUCCAAAGAGGGGUUGGAACUUCCGAGGUGUGCACAAGGCCAUCAUUUGUGGAAAAGUUGGUCAGGCUCCUGUUCAAAAGAUACUGAGAAAUGGGAAGAAUGUCACAAUCUUUACAGUUGGGACAGGGGGGAUGUUUGACCAGAGAACUGUGGGGGCAAAGGAUUUGCCAAAACCUGCUCAGUGGCAUCGGAUUGCUGUGCAUAAUGAUGCUCUCGGGGCUUAUGCAGUACAACAACUUGUAAAGAACUCUUCAGUUUAUGUUGAGGGUGAAAUUGAAAUAAGAGUUUACAAUGACAGCAUCAAUGGUGAAAUUAAAAGUAUUCCAGAGAUAUGUGUUCGACAUGAUGGGAAAAUUCGGCUUAUAAGGAGCGGAGAAAGCUUGAGUAAAAUUUCCUUGGAUGAUCUAGCUAACUCCCUUUGACCAUAGUUGUAAGUGGUGGUAUGGUUUAAUUUAGUGGUUUCAACAUGCUUUAUGCUCUAUGGAAGAUACCCUUGGGAUCAUCAAACUUUUUCGUUACCGUUAAUCAAUGAGUUUGUGUGACAGAAGAAGGAAUCCGUAAGAAUGAAAAGCAGAAGCGGCACUGAUGUUCCAUUUUUCUUUUUUCUUUUCUUUUUCUUUUUUGAUACAGAAAAAUUUAGGAAGUUGGGUUCCAGGAUUGCCAGAGUUAGGGCAUACUUCCAGAUUCAAAAACUGUUUACAGAAUUAUUUAUUAAUUAUCUACCAAAGAGUUCUCAUAUCAGCAGCGGAAUUCAUUUAUUUGAUUGUUAUUCCUUAGAUA